CCCAAACAUCACGUGACGUGUCCGUGAGCGGCGGUAGCGGCGGACCCCGGACUCUCAGUCCCUCUGUGCGUGGCGGCCUCCCCCUCCCCGCCCCGGACCCCCCCCCCGGAGGCACCGAGCGGAGGAAUCUGAUUGUGAAGGCUUGCGUGUUAUGACGACCCCCAACAAAGGAAACAAAGCCUUGAAGGUGAAGCGGGAGCCAGGGGAGAAUGGGACCAGCUUGACAGAUGAAGAGCUGGUGACCAUGUCUGUCCGGGAGUUGAACCAGCAUCUGCGGGGCUUAUCUAAGGAAGAGAUAAUCCAACUCAAGCAACGCAGGCGGACCCUGAAGAACAGGGGAUAUGCUGCCAGCUGCCGUGUCAAGAGGGUGACACAGAAGGAAGAAUUGGAGAAACAGAAGGCAGAACUUCAGCAGGAAGUGGAGAAAUUGGCUUCAGAGAACGCCAGCAUGAAAAUGGAACUUGAUGCCCUGCGUUCCAAGUACGAGGCACUGCAGAACUUCGCCCGGACCGUUGCCCGGAGCCCUGUCACCCCUGCCCGGGGCCCACUUGCUUCCAGCAUGGGGCCCCUUGUUCCUGGCAAAGUUGCCACCACCAGCGUUAUCACAAUAGUGAAAUCCAAAACGGACGCCCGGUCUUAGUAAAACGAGCACUGCCUGGGCUUGUCUGUGCAGGGCAGUUAGGCACAAAGCUCAUCCGGAAUCCCCAAAGCACAACCCUCUCCCAGAUGGCCUAGCCCACACAGGCACAUGCUGGCCUGCUUGUCACUGCAGUUGCUUUGUUUUUAGCUUGUUCUGGUUGGUGUGACUGAUGGUAACACAACCCUUCCAUUGUGAGCAGAACCUUCCACCUAGUGUGUUCUGGAAAUGGAGGCCGAAGGACCUCAGUACUCUUGCCAAAGAGAUUAUCAGCAGCGUGGAAUGCAUUCUUGGGGAGGAAUAACUCAAAGGGGAGGGAAGAGGUAAUAGGAAGUUGAGAGACCUACUGUCAGUGAUGACUUCAGUACCGUUCUUCCAGGGUUGAGUCAGCUGUCCAGUCUGCUGCUUGUAAAUUGCUUGGUAUCGGGGGGUAGUUUGUGUAACCAUUUUUACAUUACCAUCUAGUUGCGCCUUUUAGGUUUGAAGACGGGAUUCCUUAGGACUUUUCCUGAAGGAGGGGGAAGUGGGGAAACAACUAUUUCCUGGUGUCUGUGCUGCAGAGGAAGGAAAGUAGCCAGGAAUGAGCACUGUUGUAUCUACCUACCAGAAGAAGUGGGUUGUAUUAUAGUGACCACAGGCCAGUUUUGUGCCUAAUGUGUUGCACUGAACAAGACCAAAAUCACUAGUUGUUUUCUGUGUUUGGAGAGUAUCCAGUGUCUCUAGUGUGAUGGUUUACACAACUAGUUUAUGUAGUUUAAAUAGCCCUUUAUUUAAAAGAGAAGCAUUCAUUUUAAAGAGUUAUUAAAUUAUCUAAGUUUCAAAUCUAAAAUUCGGUGAAGCACUUCUAUUUAACAGUCUCCUUUUAGCCUGAGAAGGUGAGAAUAUUUGAUUGUCAUAUUCUUGGAGACAGAAAAUUCUAAUUUUAAAAGUUUCUCGUUAAGUCUUUGUGGCUCUGAGGUUGGUUUUUAUAAAGAGUUAUUAGACUUUUAUUUAUAAAUAACAUAGGAAAAAAAGCAAAAAAAGAGGCUAGUCCUGUUUGAUAUCUUUUUGCAAUUGUACCAAAAGUGACUUAUUCUUGAAUUCCCCAUCUGCUUCUUUUGUGUUCCUGUUGUAUUUAGUUGUCUGUGCUCUGAGGUCUUGUGUGGCGCUGUGACGUGAUGGUGCCAGUGGCCACUUUGCUAUGUGGAUGUCCUGUGAGCAUUCGUUUGGCUUUCCCUGGGCUGAGUGCAGGUUUUCUUGGGCAUUUGCCAGUAGACCUUCUUGAAGGUUCUGUCUCAUGAGAAAAUUACCUGAAUCUGAAGCCUGAAAAGAAUGGGUUCUUUUAAGAUGUUACCAAAACUGCUUAGUGAUGGUUGGCAGACAGUGUUGCAUUAUAUCAUGUCACUUGUAUUACAAUUGCCAAAAUUGGUUUUUUGGCUGGGUGUUCCUAAAGGCUGAAUCCAGAGUUGCAAUGGUAGUGGGGUAGAAAGGACCACUGCUGUUAAUGUAGGAACAUGAAAUGAUGAGGGAAUUGACAGCAUGUCUUACGAACGGGUCCGCAAAAUCUGUGUUUCCUGGGGUUGGACUGUAUGUAGCAUUUGUGAAGAUCCACUAUUCCAGCAGGAUUCUUUUACUGGUAAUACUACAGAGAUUUUGUUAUCCCUUACCUGUUUCCUUCUAUUUUUUAGCAUGUUGAGCAGUACUUAGGGAUCUAAGCCAGAAACUCAGUAAGGGCUAAAGAGCAUGUGAUGGUCAAUGUGACCCAUGGAAGUUCAAAUUCAUUGCUUUAUCUUCUGGAUACAUAGUCUUAUGGGAAGCCUAGUUUAGUUUCUCUGAAAGAGCCAGUCACAGAAAGAGAAAGUUGCUUUACCUUCUCUGUUGCUUGCCAGAAGUGGUUGGUCCAUAGGGAGGGAGUGAUGGGUGUGUUAUCCAGCGGGAGAUGUGAGUUUGUUUCUUUGUUAGACUAUCACUCUAGGUGGGCACUUAAAACCUGACAUUUUGACCAGAAAACUGGCUAUCAACGUGAGCACAAUUACUGACACCUGGUAAGCACUGAGUACUGGUAUAUUCAAAACACUCGAGAACACCCUAUUUGGCCAUUUUCUGUUUAGCAGAUAUAGAACCUUUGUUAUAAUGAUACAGCUAGUGGAUUCUAGAAAUUUCCACAGCUAAGGCUGGGCUCAAAAACUUCUUGUGGCUUUUCAAAAACUCCCAAAUACAUUCUAGGCCUCAUGGUUAGAAAGAGAAAGAAGCUUUAAUGUCUUUUAAAGCAGGGUAAUAAAUUCAAAUGAGCUCUAGGGCAAAUUGUUACCCAGAACAUAUCCAGGAACAGUUUUCAACAAAACUCAGCUGAGAAUCUAUUCCCUGAAAGUCAUCUUCCUGGUAACUAUUAACUGGUAAAGUUCCUCUGCCUAGAGCAGAGUUUCUCAGCCUUAGCAACUUUAAGAUGCAUGGGCUUCAACUCCCAGAAUUCCCCAGCCAGCAAGGUUAGCUGGGGAAUUCUGGAAGUUGAAGCCCACACAUCUUAAAGUUGCCAGGGUUGAGAAAUACUGGCCUAGAGUAUACUGCAAGUCUGGAGGGAAAAAUGCCUUUGAAUGAGGACUUGCCUUCAAGAUAUCUUCAUCAUAUCUGCCAGAACUCCCUUUUUUUACCCACUGCAAGAGCGCUGUCCUCUGUAAACUAUUCACCUGAAAUGGAAGGAAGGGUUCUUGUACUCAGCAGUAGUUCUUUACAGUAUCUCAGCUGCCCUUUUGACACAGCAGGUUGGAGGGGGGGUUUAUUGUCUUUUGUGCCAUUCUUUGCAUAUGUGAGCUACAGAUGUGCAGGGUACAGCUGAGGGAUGCACAGGAACAAAGAACAACAAACUGCAGAGAAAGAGAGAAAAAUGACAAGACACUCUGAUAUGAAUAUCCACUUGCCUUGGCUGCAAAUUCUACCAGAAAUCACAUUUGCCACAUUAGUUGCUACUUUUUUAUUUCAGAUUUAGAAGGAACAGAUAACAGCUUGCUACAUACAGUUAAGCACAUUGUUAAGCCUUGCCUUACUAAGGCUUUUAGGUUUUGGAUCCUAAAAAUAAUUGAACCUGUGUGGAAUAAAUUGCUCUGAGCUAUAUUGAGGCUAGUACAAUCUGAUAAUUCCCCAGAGGGUCUGUUUAUCACUGCUAAUUUGAAAGACUUAGAAACCAAUGCAGGUCUGUGUAGAAUUACUAGGCCAGAACUUUCCUAUGUUUAAUUGUUCCAGAUCACUCUACCUCCUCGCAUCUUCCUCUCCAUCCUUAAGCUGUAGAUAAUUUCUUCCCUUCAUUGCCUUCCACUUUCUAGUCCUUGCCAAAGAAAUCCAAAUUCUGUGAAAACCAAACAGUUGUAACCUAAAUAAGCAAUAUUUAUGCUUUCGUGUCAAACUUGCAAAUAACAAUAGUGUGUAAAUCGGGUUUUCUGACCAUCAAAUUUAUAAACAAGAGGUGGGUUCUGGAUUGAAAUUUUAGGUCUCCUGGUCAUAGCUUCCUUUGAGAAUUGCAUGAAAGGCGUUUAUGUGACCUGGAUAGAUGAGCAACUACUCUUACAUCUGAGUUGUCUGCUGUUUUAACUCAAGAAUUUGCCUCUCCAUUGUUUUGGCAUGCUUCUCUGUGCUCUAUUUGCUCAUUGCCCCAUGGAAAGCAGGGUGAAGACAUUGGGGAUAGUUCCAUACUAUUAAAAUACAGCUCUGGGUGGGGCUGCCUUUCUGGAAUAGAAAUUUGUUUUCAGCCAAAUUAAUAGUUUUGGAUCUCUUCAGUCCCACGAUCAUAUCAUCCUAGACAUUUCUUGAUUGGCAGUCCUUGCUCCUUAGAAUUGGCUAGAUUUCUUUUGGUGCUUCUUCUUCCUGGGUUGCUUGUUUUACUAUCUAGAUCUUGGAUCCCAUGAGAAGCCUCUGAUAAAGAAUGUCUGUCCUCUAGAAUUUCCCAAGAAUAGCUGGGUUGGUUUUUGUAGCAAAACUAGUAGUGUCAUGGCACUUUAAAGACCAACAAGUAUUAUUACAUCAUCUUUUGUGGACUAGAAUUUACUUCAUCAGAUCCAUGAGAUGAUAUUAAAUUGGCUCUGAUGUAUGUAUAUAAAUACCCAGACACAUUUUAGAUACAAAAAAGUACAGACUAAUAAUUUUAUUAAGCUUAUACACGCGCACACUAAUACUACAGAUUCCAUUUUCUGCAAAGUUGGUAACCCAGUACAAGGUAUUUACAUUAUCCACAUUAGUCUGUGGUCACUGUAAAUUUUUAAAAAUAUAUUUGAGCUAUAAUGUAAUCAUUGCAAUCUAUAUUUCUUGCAAUUAGUUUUCAUCUAUUCUGCCUACAAUAACAUUUUCCUCCACAAACAAUAUGUAUAUUAGUUGGCCAAUUUGGGUUAAUACUUCAUUCCUCCACUGAAGUUGACUUGUCCACAUAUAUUUAUGCCAUAAUGCAUUUGUUCAUCUUUAAGGUGCCAUAAGACUGAGUUUUUCCUCUAAAGGUGCACCUUUUGCGCUUUUCAGGGCUAGAGAAAUGAGACAGUAUCCUCAUCUGAAUGGGUUGGAAGACAUUCUUAUAAGCAAAUGGAUAUGUAUUGAGCAAAUUUGGCUCCAGAACUCAAUGGUAAAUCUUCCAGCUGGGGGUGGGGGAGGAGAAGACAAGGGAACCCUUCACAUCUCCCAUCUUCCUUCACUUUCAGUCUGUUUCCUUUUAGUGUUCAUGAGUUUUUUUCUGUCCUAGAUUCCCCUCUCAAGCCCUUCCCCCUCAAUUUCUUUUUCUGGUAUAUAGCAUUCAGAGUGUGAUGGUUCUUGUUUUCUAGGUGACUGUUUGGUUUUCCUGCUGUGAAGGGUGUUUUUGUUUUGUUUUUUUAAUGGGGCAUUUUGCUUGAUGCAACAGGUGGAGAGCUUUGCUUUCUCCUUGGAUGCAGAACAGCUCCGUGAAGUAUAAUUCCGCCCACAUGUGGCUGGCUUGGGGGGGUGGGAAGGGGAGGGACAUUUAUGUCGUGGUGAAUUAUGUAAAAGUGAUAUUUUGGAUAAUGAAACAACUUUUUCUUUCCAGAAAAAAGUAAGAAACACUGCAGGCUAAGAGCUGGGGAAUGUGAUUGUUAGUAAUGGGUGGAGGCUACUCAGAUUUUGCCCUUGGGGAAUAUGUUCCUGGUUGGAAUAGAUGCAGGAACGGGAGGGAAUGUACUACUGUGCAUAGAAGACAUUACAACUUUGGUGUUCCUUGUGUCAUUGAUCUUGAUCUUUGAGUAUAUUAUACACGAUGGGUUUUUGCAUCUGAUGUACACUGGCACAUUCCAGAGAAGUAGGAUGGCAUUUCACUAUAAUCUAGCAGUGAGCAGAGCUGGCAUAUCUAUAUAUUACUUUUACUUGGACUAGUAAUGUGCUCAAGUGGUACCUUGUCUUCUGUGCCAGUGAAGAUAGAAGCACUUUCUGACAACUUGCCUUUCACCUCUUUCUGAUAUCUCAAACUGUAUUUUGUCAGUAAAAUAAUUAUUAAUGUGCAGGAAUGUUCCUUUCUGGUUUAAUAGCAUUGCUGCUGUUUCCUCUAAUGUAACAGUGAAUAGCUGUGACUGCUAACACAGAGUCUUGCUCCUCCCUAUGCAGAAAGGAUCACACAGUGGUCUAGCUGUGAGCUUCAGGCAGGUUCUUCCAAGUACUGAGGACUUGUUUUCUCCUUCCAUAUCUGAUACGCAGUUUGUGAGCUCUGGGUGCUUGCAGCUGACACUUGUAUAAACGAGAGGCGCUGCACAGUGGAGUGAGUAGUCUCCUAAUUCCCAGUAAAGACAUGUUACUAUCUGGCUAUGCAAAGGUGUUUGGGAUUCCCAUGCAGGUUCAAGUGCUACUUGCCCUUGUCCUCACCUGCAGUUUGCGCUGAAUUUAUUACACCCUUUGUCAAACUGGAAUAUCAUGGAGAAACAAGAUAAAUUGUAUUUGGUGUAGUUAAUGAAAUGAACCGAUGACUGUUCCUCCCCAUUCUCCAGAUGCUGAAAAUAGUCUUAAAAAUAUUAAUUGAAAUGACUUCACUACUGCUUUAAAAUAUUUGUUUAAAAGGUUGGGGAGGAACAUUUUGAAAAUAAGAAAUUCAGUCUCCAAAGCUGAUACAACUGGAGAUGAAUUCUAUGUGCUAGGGGUGUAAAAGCAUACUGUCAAGUCCUGGGUCUCUCCUGUACAACAGUAGAACCCAAGUAAUUAAUCAGUAUUUAUUGCUAAAUUAUUGUCCUUUUUCAAUCUGUAGAUAACUGUUGGGGAUUUGUUGCCAUAGCCCCAGUGGAGGUGUUGUUAAUUUAUUUAUGUAUAUAGUGUAUGUUUGUUGAUAUGAAGCAUUCUUUAUUUUGUAUAUGACCAAUAAACAUCUUUAAAGAG